AAACCACAUCACUCACUGAUUUUUUCUGCUGCGAAAGGAAAAUUAUUGGACUGAAAGAUGAUAACAGCUGAGCCCUCGCUGGAUCAGCCGCACUAUGCCGCCUUCUUCUGCGUGAUGGGCGCCGUGGCGGCAAUCGUCUUCUCCACAUUGGGAGCUGCUUAUGGAACCGCGAAGGCCUCGGUUGGAAUAUCUUCCAUGUCGAUCAAGCAUCCGCAGCUGAUCAUGAAGGCGAUUGUCCCAGUUGUCAUGGCCGGCAUUAUAGCCAUUUAUGGACUGGUGAUUGCGGUGCUGCUGGCUGGUUCGCUUAACAAACAUUACUCCUCCUACAAGGGCUUCCUCAACCUGAGUGCUGGACUUGCCGUGGGUGUCUCUGGGAUGGCGGCUGGAAUCGCUAUCGGUGUUAUUGGGGAGGCUGGAGUUCGGGCAUCUGCCAACCAGCCAAAGCUCUUUGUGGCCGUCAUUCUAAUAUUGAUAUUUGCCGAGGUCUUGGGUCUGUAUGGUCUCAUUGUGGCUAUUUACUUGUUUACCAAGUGAUUCGAAGUCAAUAAAAGUGUUUCAUCCCCGUUGUUUUUCA